UAACUCAGAAGAAAUGUGAUAGAAACGAAGCGGAGUUUGCAGAUGAAGGAAGAUAAAUUAAAAUAAAAUUUAAAAUUUAAAAAAAAGGAGAACAAAGGCUGCCGGCAUUUUACUGCACAAAAGAACAAAGUGGCCCCAGAAUCCAACCCCGCCUUUUCCAUCACAAAGUCAUGGAUUUCCAAAGUGAAAUUCCGGAGGAAAUUUGAGGAGUAUCCGGAUCCGGAGAAAGAGUGAACAGAAAAAAAAAAAAAAAGAGGCAACGUGGAGAUUCGAUCAAAGGAACAACUGAAAAAAAAAGAGAUCCUGGCAGGCGGGCAGGAGAAGAUGGGGAAAUGAAUUGGUUCCAGACCUUAACUCAAGUGGGAUAUUAGCCCAGCAACUGUACUAACCUAAUGGUAGAUGACCUGAUCUUUUAACUACCUCUAUUGCCAAACCAGCUGCCUUAAUCAGUCUUAACCAAUGUCAACAAUUAGGGAGCAACCAAUUUUUAGCACCAGGGCCCACAUCUUUCAGAUCGAUCCUGCCACCAAGAGGAACUGGAUCCCUGCCAGCAAACAUGCCUUGACAGUGUCCUAUUUCUAUGACGCUACUCGCAAUGUCUAUCGGAUCAUCAGUGUGGGAGGCACCAAGGCCAUCAUCAAUAGCACCAUCACCCCCAACAUGACCUUCACAAAGACCUCACAGAAGUUUGGCCAGUGGGCAGACAGCAGGGCCAACACAGUGUAUGGGCUGGGCUUUCCUUCUGAACAACAUCUCUCUCAGUUUGCAGCGAAAUUCCAAGAAGUAAAAGAAGCUGCUCGCUUGGCCAGAGAGAAAUCACAGGAUAAGACUGAACUAACCAGCCCCGCUCUCAGUUUGACUUCCCACCAAAUUCUGGCCAGCCCCAUCAUUAGUUCCAAUGGUCCUGGAGAUGACAAGCUGUUUCGGAGCCAGAGUGCAGACAUGGAGAUGACAACAGAAAGAGAACGCAUUAAAAAAAUGCUCUCUGAAGGGUCUGUUUGUGAAGUUCAGUGGGAAGCCGAAUUUUUCACUCUGCAAGACAAUAACAACAAACUGGUGGCUGCCUUGCAUGAAGCUAAUGCCAAUGUGGAACAAUGGAAGCAGCAGCUGGCAGCAUAUCAGGAGGAGACGGAAGCCCUGCGCCAACGAGUGGCAGAGCUGGAAGCCCAGAGAGGCCACAAUUCCUCAAUCGAUGUUAGGAAAGAGACCUGCCCAGCUUUAGAAGAGCUGGAACAGUUGGUGAAGGCCAAAGAUGAGGAGCUUCAACAACUGAGGAACCAAAAGGGGCUGCAGGAGCAACCAGAUGAUGAAUAUGAGGAAACCCGCCAAAAGGUGCAGGACCUAGAGAGACAGAACGCAGAGCUGGAACGGCGCUUGCAUUUGUCCGAGCAGUCUCUCUCAGGGACCCUUUCUGAACGGGAGAAGAUGUACCAGGAGGUAGCCAAAUUGGCAGAGAUCAUGGACAUGAAAAUCUUUGAGCUGAGUGAGCUCAGACAAGAGUUGGCUAAACUUGUGGAGACCAACUAAACCAGGAAACUAAAGGAAGAGCCAACCCUCCUUUAACCCCGGCUUGGUGAGCUUGGGCAAUCGGCAUGGAGAUGAAGUGAAGACUUUCUUGACUUGUCCAGUGGUUGCAUCCUUUCUCCUGUGUGGACAUCUUGGGAGAAGCGAGUCUAGAGGAGGUAGCGGCUGGAGAGGACCUCCAAGCCAAUUUCUCCAGCCUUAUUUUCCUUUCAGAUGCUUCCAUUUCUAUAAACCGUGAUGUGUUUUUUUUGCCUAUCCUGAGGCAGUACGAUGGGUUUUUCCACCCCAGUAGCUUUUGAUAGAGAACUCUUCGACUCUUCCCCUCAGCCAUCCUAAGGAACCGAUGGCCGAGUCAAAAUCCCCCUAUUGUUCCCUGUAACCCUGGUGUUGUGUUUUUAGCAAGACUGCUUUUUAUAGAUGACUCCCUUCCUUCCGUGCGCAGUCAAGCACUCCUAAGAGAAUCCAUUUUGGGAAGAAAUCUUGAGAAAGGACGAUUCUUCUUUUCUCUUCUUCUUUGAUUAUAUGUAUCGUGGGGAGGGCUGUUUGUUUUUAAUCUCAAAAUAAGCACUGAAUAUUUUUUUUUUUAGCAAAUCUGCAAACGAUGAUAUUCUGCUCAAAAAACUGGGGGGGGGGGGGGAAGGCAAAAGUGGGAGGGUGCGAAAAGAAUAAGGCGAUCCCUAGGAGCAGGGAGGUACAAGCCGGAUCAUUUCUUAGUUUGACAGCUGCCAAACGCUGAUGAAUUAGGAUAUAGACUUAAAGGUACCUUCUUUAUUUCUUUUUUUUUUGGUCUGACAAAAGCAAUGCAAUUCACACACAGCACCAAGCAAUCGAUCCAGAAGUGGGAGGGGGGGAGGAAGGGGGGGAGUUUGUAGGAACACAAGUUCUAGCAUGCACCAUGGUUACUUAUCUUCCUUCAACCUGGCACCAUGGUGGCCAGGAAAGAUGGGAGGUGAAUUCCAACAUAGUUAGAGAGUACCUGGGUUUGGAAAGGUGUUUCUUGAUUUAAUUCCCCUUUCCGAAUAGAAUAGAAUAGAAUAGAAUAGAAUAGAAUAGAAUAGAAUAGAAUAGAAUAGAAUAGAAUAGAAUAGAAUAGAAUUUUAUUGGCCAAGUGUGAUUGGACACACAAGGAAUUUGUCUUGGUGCAUAUGCUCUCAGUGUACAUAAAAGAAAAGAUACGUUCAUCAAGGUACAACAUUUACAACACAAUUGAUGAUCAAUAUAUCAAUAUAAAUCAUAAGGAUUGCCAGCAACAAGUUAUAGUCAUACAGUCAUAAGUGGAAAGAGAUUGGUGAUGGGAACUAUCUUUGUUACCCCAAGCGCAAGGCUUGAAAUAGGAGGCUAACAUGUCAGGUCACUCAGAGGAUUAUUUUAGGACAGGGGUCUGCAAACUUGGCUCUUUUAAGACUUGUGGACUGGCUGAGGAACUCUGGGAGUUGAAGUCCACAAGUCUUAAAAGAGCCAAGUUUGCAGAUCUCUGUCUUAGGAGAUCAACCCUGGAUUUGUUUGGAGCUAAAGUCAUUCUCUCCAGUGAGCCAGUAUAGCUUCUUUAGGAAUCGACUGAUCUUUCCCUGUUCUGAAUUAGAACUCUAUAGAAAUUCCGCACCGGAAGGUGCACUCUAUAGCAGGGGUCUCCAACCUUGGCAACUUUAAGACUUGUGGACUUCCAGAGUUGAAGUCAGAGUUCAAUUCUGGGAGUUGAAGUCCACAAGUAUUAAAGUUGCCAUGGUUGGAGAUCCCUGCUCUAUAGCACUCCCAUGUCUGCCAUAAGUUUGUAUUUUCAGGCCUUGCAAACCCUCUGGGGCGUGGUGAUCUUUGCUCUGUUGUCACCAACUUUGUGGCACCCAUGACUUAGUCCUUGUUUUUCUUUUUCACUCCCAAAAUCAAGAGAAUGAUGGGAAGCAGCUGCUUCCAGCUUCUUUGGCAGCCGCUGAGCCAGACCUAAGAACGGCUAUUGACCUUGAUGUACAGUAUCUAUCCCAGAUUGUGUCCUAGUGGCACAUAAAAGUCAGGCAGCUGGCCAGGGAAGGAGAUGACUGGGUUAGCCAUGGCAAACGGUCUACAUCUGAGCAUGAGACAUAAAGGGCCUUUGAGAAUCCAGCAUGCUCUGAAAAGAUAGCAGCAGCUGCAGCAGCUUGUUAAAAGAUCCCUUGGAACGGGCUGGCAGAGCGCGGCUUCCAGAGAUGUGAUCUUGAAAAGGGAGCAAAUGCAAAUCCCCCCCUGCUCUCUCUCUCCCCACUUCAAGAACCCAAAUCUCUGGGCUUUGUUACGAUAUGGUUCUUCUGCUCAUUUGGGUACUGUUUGCAGUUUGAUAACAUGAUUAAUAAUGGUGUUAGUGAAAGUUUUUUAUUGAUAUUUUCUCUCACUUCGGUUUAGUGCUAUAUGGUUGGAACAAUAACCCAAGAAGUGAUUUGUAUGGACAAAACCUUGUGUGUGAAUUUCUCUUGAAUUUCUUCAGAGUUUCAACGGGCAAAGUGAAAUCCCGCAGGGAAGGCUGACAAGCUUUGUUCUAAAUUUAACUUUCCAUUGUAAGAUUCUAACACUUUUGAUUUUUAACGUAAGAGUGAAAAUGUAAGAAGAAUCUCGUUGGAUCUGUCCUGCCCGUUGCACCCAGCAUGGUUGUUUCCAGCGUUGGCUGAACAGCUUAUAAGGAUGAGAUGAGGUUUUGCAGUCAGUUGUUCCAAUGCAAUCAGUAAUUUAUUUAUUUAUUUAUUUAUUAUUUAAAUUUAUAUACCGCCCUAUCUCCCGAAGGACUCAGGGCGGUUCACAGGCAUAUAAAACAUCAGUGUACAAAAUUAAAAUAAUCUUUAAAAAACUUAUUCCAGUGCCCUAUAAUUAAAAAUAUAAAUAUAAAUAUUAAAAUCAAUUUAAAACCCCUAUAAAAUUUAAAAUCUAAGCCAGUCCUGCACAGAUGAAUAAAUGUGUCUUGAGCUCGCGACGGAAGGUUCGAAGGUCCGGAAGUUGACG